UCGAUUGUUGUCGGUGUUUACUCGAAUGUUAUUGGCUUGGAUCCGAGCUAGAAAGUGUAAAUAAUGUGGGGGCUGUGAGGAAUACAGUGCUGGUGUAUGGCGCAUAAUUCUGAGUUAUCGAAGUUAUUUUUGUUUUAAAGGCGUGUUUUAUAUACUUAUUGAGCAUUCCCAAUCGUCUUAAACAAUGUUGCGCCUUUUGCAAAGAAGUGUCACAAGAUCAUCUCACUUUAAUGACUGUUUGCAGAAGUUCUCAUUGGCACAAAAUCUGAGAGGAAGAGCCCGGAAUUACAGCAUAUACGAACCGGAUUAUUUAGAUGCCUUAAAACCAAAAAUUCCAGUUUAUGAUGCUAUCAACAUUCAGAUAAAAGGCUAUGAUUAUCCUGUUUUGGAACACUAUCAAAAAUUUAUUCACAAUCUCUCAGAAAAUAUGAACAUAGAAGUAGAAGAUGGAUGGGCUUUGCCAGCUCAGACACAAACAGUGCAGCGAUUCAAACCCCAGAGCACUGUUGUUGAUUCAGAAUAUAAACUAUCCAUUUACGAGAGAAAUGUGCAGAUAGUCGAUGUACCUUCUACUACACUGGCAGUUCUUCUUAAUAUCCUGAGAGCUACAUUACCAGAGGGAGUCAAUCUCAGUGUUCAUGAGCAUUCGCCAGAACACGAAGAAAUUCGUUAUGUACCAGAUCAAGAAUUACUUGAGUUGAAAAGCCAAUUAGAAGCUCUUGGGGGACCAAGAAAGAAAUAAUAACAGAAUGAGCUUUUGCACAAUGAUCAGGUACAGUGGACUGCCACAUCCUUUAACCCUUUCACUACAGUGAACUACAGAAGUCAAGAGCCACUCAGCCGGUGGACUGCUGUAGUAUCAUAUUUCUCCACUUCACUACGCUCAACUUGUGUGAAGUUUGACCACUGCACCAUCUAGUGGCUUUGUUCAAAGACCUUAGUUAACAAUAGAGUAACUAUGUGGCAGUUGCAUUCAGUUUCAAAACAUUGGUUUCGCUUGAGUUGGACUGCUCAUUUCCCACCUUGUUUCUAAUCUGAAGUGAAGUUGUUAACCUCAGUUAGUUUCUACUAGAAGUAAUAUGGCAGAUAAGCGAUAUGCUGUUGAGGAAGCUCUUUCUCUCGUACUGGGUAGUGACUCUGAAGAUGAAAGCGAAUCAUCGUCCAAAUCUGACGAUGAACAUGAAACACCCAUUAUAGAUCUUCUACAUCCGGUACACGUGCUACCCCAGCUGUUCCAUUGACAUCACCAGACUUGGAUUUGUGCAUGGAAGAUGAAUCUACAGACAGUGAUGAAGAGGCAUCAGAAUUGCCGAACAAGACAAAACUGACAACUUGAAUCUGAAGAAACACGCGUUCGACGCAGCUACUUCUAGACUGAGAGGCAUCAUAAACAAUGACAGCACGCUCAGUUUCUUUCAGUUGUUCUUUAACAUGGAUAUCACAAAACAUUUUGUGUGAGGAAACUAACAGAAACUUUUCUCAAAUGGUGGCUGCUGGUCGUGUUCCAGAAAGGAUCCAAGGAGUAUGGAGUGACAUAAAUAUAAUUUACAUUCAAUUCUUUAUUGCCACUAUGUUUAUCAUGACAAGAGUAAAGAAAUUGAGCCUGUUUGAAUAUUGAUCUAAGAAUCCAGUUAUUUUCUUAACUGCUACCUAGAAACCGAUUUCAACAUAUCUUGCAGUUUUUACAUUUCGCCAAUAACGAAAAGCCUCAUGACAAUAACUAUUUGAACAAGCUAUGGCCAGUAACUUACCACUUUAGAAAACAAUAUAAGGAACAUUUCUAUCCUUAUGAAAAGUUAUGCAUAGAUGAAAGUCUCCUAUUAUUCAAAGGCAGGCUAAAAAUCAAGCAGUAAUACCUGCUAAACAUAGCCGUUUUGGGAUAAAGAUAUUUGUUAUCUGCAAUGUCCACAAAAAUUUAUAUUUUAGAUUUUAUUGUCUACAGUGGCUCACAUACAGGUAUUGAAAACUAUGACCUUGGUAUCUCAGGAAAUGUUGUACCUACAUUGGUAGAGCCAUAUUUACAGAAGGGACACACCCUGUACUGUGACAAUUGGUAUACGAGUCCUGCCCUGUUCUGGUGGUUGUCUGACCAGGCAACUAAUGCUUGUGGUACAGUCAGGCACACAAGAAAAGGUAUGUCUAAUAUUCCUGAGAAACUAAAGAAAGGGGAGCUUACUUUCUGUUCAGUAUCGGAAUUUCUGUUGGCACUAAAAUGGCGUGACGAAAAAGAUGUAUGUAUGCUUUCGACAGUCCACUCUGCAGAAAUGGUCGAAACAUCGAAGAUGGAUCGUCCAACACGCUAGAAGCAAUUGAAACAUUCAGUAGUAUUAAACUACAAUAAAUCAAUGGGAUCUGAGGGUAAAAGUGGCACAGUAAUAAAGACCUUGGAAAGCAUCAGAAAAUCCACUAAAUGGUAUCACAAACUGUUUAUUCACAUCGUGCACAUGUCCCUUUUCAAUGCUUACUGCUUAUAUAAGAAACUUGUAAUGAACAUUAGCUAUGCCAACUUUCACAUGGUAGUCAUGCAGGGAAUCCUGGAAAAAUAUAAAGUAGAAAAAAGAAGAUCCAGCAGAGCAAAAAUAUCAGCACGUCCCUUGAGACUGGCAGCAGGGCCUCACCUACCUGACGAGUGGAGCAGCUACAGAACUUGCAUUGUCUGCAGAGCGCACAAGAAGCGGAAGCGGACUGAAAUGUGUUGUAAGGAAUGCAAUACGACACUUUGCGCCUUUCCCUGCUUCAUGAUUUACCAUACACAAAAAGACUAUUGAAAUGUAACACAGUGAAAUGAUAUUCUCGUAAUCUAAUCCUACUGAAAUGUAAUGCAAACCAAUUAUAAAUAAAUAUUAUUGAAG